AUGGACUCUUCGCCUGAUUUUUCGGCUGCUUAUUAUCAAAUAUCGACUGUUAUUAGUUUAUUAGUUAUUUUCGCAAUUCCCUAUCAAUAUUCUCAAUUUAAACGUUUAUUAAAUCGUAGAAAAAGAAAUCGGUCACAAAUUAAUUUGGAUGGCUCAAGGGAAAAAUCUGAAGAGGAGGAGGAAGGAAUCGACAUCAGUCCAAUUCAUUCUUUCGUGCAAGUCGGGUUUCAUAAAAUGUGGAAUACCAUCAUCCAUAUCACAGGUGUUGGUGAUAUGAGCAUUGGAGAAAUAAUUCUUUUACUAUUCUUCAUUUCAUUUAAUUUAAUUUACAUAUUUUAUCCAUUUCAAUCGCCAAAUGUCAACUUAUCAACUGACCUAAAUAACAGAGUUGGUUGGAUUGGUGUAGCAAAUGCUGCUUUUGUAUUCCCUUUAGCUACUCGUAAUUCUAUAUUUUUAACAUUCAUGGGUAUAUCUUAUGAACGCAUCAUUAAAUUUCAUAGAUGGGUUGGUAGAAUGAUAAUUGUUUGUAUAAUGUUUCAUGGCAUGGGUCAUAUACAAAAGAGGUAUUACGAAGUGGGUGAUAUAUAUACAACAGUAUUUGGAAACAUUAUUUAUACAAGAGGUUUUAUAGCUUUUCUUGCUUUAGUAUUACUAGGAUUAUCCUCUCUUUCAAUAUUCAGAAGAAGAUAUUUUGAAAUUUUCUAUUGGGCUCACAUUGUUGGUUUCAUAGCUUUUGUUAUUGCAAGUAUUAUUCAUGCACCAAGCAAUUUUUAUUUUGAAAUAUUAGGAAUUUCUCUUUACUUGAUUGACGUUUCAAUUAGAUUCUUUUUAUCAAUGAAAAAUGCAAAAAUCAUUAAAUUAGAAACAAUUAAUAAUGACAUCACAAAAGUUACCUUUAAAUAUAACAUGUUUUAUGAAGCUGGACAAUACAUUUUUGUAAACUUUUCAAAUCUAAAGAAACCUUUAUCAACUCUAGCUUGGCAUCCUGUGUCAAUAUCUUCUUCUCCUACUUCUCCAUUAUCAUUAAACAAUAAUAUCUCAACAAUCCAUUUAAAAACAAUUGGCAAAUUCACUAAUUUGUUAUUUGAUAGAGCGUCAAGAGAAUCAUAUGUGAUGAAUCCUACUUUAAAAAUAAGCAUAGAAGGGCCAUAUGGCAAAUCAAGUGUACAAUUCAUGGAUUAUGAUACUGUAAUAUUAUUUUCAGGUGGAAUUGGAGUUACCCCUAUGAUUAGCAUAUUGAGAAAUUUAGUUGAUCGUUUAGUUUCUGGUAUGACGAUUGCAACAAACACAAUUUAUUUCGUAUGGGCUGUUCCUAAUCUUGAUUCAUACCAUUGGUUUUCAACUGAACUUCAAGAAAUUCAAGAUAAAUUUAAUAUAAUAGCAAAUAAUUCUUACAUAUUAGAUAUACAAGUUUUUGUCACAAGACCAAAUAUAAAUGAUAAUAUUUCAACUUCGUCAAUAUUACAUGCUGGUAGACCAAAAUUUGAAGGAAUAAUGCAAAGUGCUAAAAGAUAUCAAAGCUCAGGAGAUGUGGCUGUUGGUGUUUGCGGUCCAUCUCUUAUGCUUAAAGAUGUAAAAAACGCUGCUACAUCACAAAGUACUCGGAAGGGUCUUUUCAUAGUACACACUGAAACUUUUGAAUUGUAA